AUGUUAGUCGCGUUGGCUCAAAAUCAUUCCAUCACCGGGAGUCUAUUUUUGGGGUUGAAAAGAAAUGGUGACGCUGUUGGAUGGACCGAUGGGUCUAAAGCCGACUAUAUGAACUGGGAUGCAGGCGAGCCAGCUGAUGGCAAAGACUGUGCCUAUAUUUCAUUUGACACUAAAAAAUGGAGGAUGGAGAAUUGUAAGACAUCGAUACCGUACUCUUGUCUAUAUCCAGCCGCUACAACCCCUGCCCCAUCUUUGGGUCCUACCACGGCGACAGUCGCUAGUACCAAGGCUGUAGUUACUACUGGAGCUACGGGAACUACUAAUAACGUCUAUACCGUAACCCAAGGACCUUCAGGACCUACGCCACCGCAUCAGGAUGUUCCUUGCCUGGACCAAUGGGUUUACCUUAAUUUGACUGGCAUGUGCUAUUGGCACAGUCGCUUCACCUACUUUGACGCCGCGGAAUCGUUGUGUGUAAUGCAUGGCGGUCACCUCGCUUCUGUGCAUAGUUGGGAGGAGAAUGAGUUCCUGAAACAGUUAACUUGGGAAAAUACAUGCGCAACUUGUGAUGUUCUAUGCGGAGGUUUCAACAUCGGCUCCACAUUUUUGGGGGGAUUUUUGGAUACCAGCAAGGAUACAUUGACAUGGCUGGACGGGACUCCAGAUGAUUUUAGGGGGAAUGUCUGCCAAAGUUCAACAAGCCCGAGUAUGAUUAUGCUCCGUUCCUACCCCACAAUGUGCUCAUCUCCUUGUUUUGGUGGUGACUGGUGGCCUAUGGACGGAUGGUCUGGAAAUGCUACACUUUCCGAUUUCGUCUGCAAAGCCCCGCCUUUGGUGUCGACCACUAUAGCGACAACACAAGCCAAUGUU